AUGCAAUCUUUAAUCAAAGAAAAAGUGAAUUUCUAAGAAUAUGUUAGAUGGGCAUUCGAACAAAACAAAGACACGAUGAAAAAUUAGGAGGAUCAAGAUAUAUAAUUCCAUAGUUAUCAUGAGUUGGAUGGAGAAGAAAUGGGCCAAGUCAUAUGGCUGUUUAGAAAAUGUGGAUCAAUAAAUAAGAUCAAAAAACUCAAUGGAUUGUUUCUAGGAUAAUUGUUUAUAUUGAAUCACAUUAUUAAUUUUCUAUUAACCAUAAUACAUUAUAGCAAACCAGCGAAAGAAUCAAUAUCAAGAUUGAUGAAGUCAAUAGGAAUAAUUUAAACUGAUGAAGAAUUACAACUUGUUAAAUAGGAAAAUGAUGAACUUUUAUCAAUAGUUUAUGAGAAGGAAGUAGUCCAAAUGCUUGAAACAGUUACUAAAGAAGAUUUUAAAAUAUUAUUCUAAGUUAUUUUUGAUUUAAAAGAUAUAUCUACAGAGGAAAUUAAAAAAAUAUCUGAACUUGGAAUGUUAUUCGAUUAAAAUUAAAGCCAAUAGGAAUACUCGCCUUCGAUUUUAAAACAAAAUUUUGGUAUUAUUAUGGCAUAGAUAAUUCAAAUUGAAAAAAUUGAAAUCGAUUAAAAUACAUUACUUUAGAGCAGUAUAAAAUUGGAACAGAAAAAAAAAGAAAAGGCUCAAGCAAAAAAAAUUUAAGAGUUGUCAUAACAUAAACAACAAAUAAUCAAAUUUAGUAAAGUGAUUUAUCAUUAAUAACCUUAGAGAAAAUUAUUACUGUAUGAUGGAACGAUAAUAACUGGAAAUAUUUGGGAUUCUUAUCAAGAUUAAUAUUGCGUCCCUAUAUCACUUUCGAUCGACACCAAUGUGGUUUAUUUUAGCUUUCGCAUUGAACAUUUGAAUGAUGAAUAAUUAUUCAGAAAAGAUCAAGUAUUUACCUACAAAGGACCUGUUAAUGAAAAUUUUGAUCCGAAUGUCAAAAAGGCGUAAUAUGAUUUGGGAAUCAAAGGAUAAUUAAGUUAACAACAGAAUACAUACAGAGGGUGUUUUAGUGAUGGAUUAUUCGAUGGUAUUGGGAGUUUAUACAUUGGAAAUUAAUUAUAUUUUGAUGGAGAAUUUAAGCUAGGCAUAUAAUAUGGAUUUGGAAGAGAAUUAUAAAAUAAUGAAGAUUAUUUGGAAGGGAAUUUUGAAAAUGGUAAGAAAAAUGGAUUAUUUUAAUUUAUAAAAUUACAUGAAGGGAAAAAGUAUUUGGAUACAUCCAAGCCUCAAAAAUGCUUUUAAAAUGGAAAAGAAGUCUUAUAUUUGAAUCAAGGAUAUUAACUGUAGAAAAAGAAGUCAAAUUUAAAUCCAACUCGCUAUCUCUUAAAUUUUGGAGAUUAUGGAGUAAAUAAUUAUUAACUUCAAUCUUUGUAACCUGGAAGAUGGCUUAAUUCCGGUAUCAUAGAUCUUGUGAUUUCUCAAAUUUAAACUUAUAGGGAGUAAAUCUCUUAAAGUUAUAAAUAAGAUUAAAGAACUGUUUUUAUCAAUUGCAGCUAAUCUUAAGACAUUUUUGGUAGUCUAAUAUCAAAGAAUGAUGAAAUAUAAACUAAAAUAUUUAGAUAAAUAAUUGAUUAUAGUAAGAAGUAACAGCCUUCAAGGUUUGUUUUUUACUUAAAUUUAGAUCGAAGUCAUUUUUUAUCUGUGGUUUAUGAAAAUUAGACAUUGUAUUUGAUAGAUUCAAUGAAAGAUAAAAGGGCUGAUUUAUUGUAUUAAAUGGUUAAAUUGUUGAAUCAAUCUAAUUUUGCUGUUAAAAAUUCUUGGUAGGUUUGUGAAGUGAGUUAAUAAUAUAAUUAAUAUGAUUGUGGAAUGUUUACCAUUUAUUACAUAUCCUAAAUAAUGAAGAAUAUAGAUUUAAGUAUUCCUUAAAUGUUUGAGAAGCAAUGUUUUAAUGUUUAACAAUCAAGAAUUAAUUAUGCGAGAUAUCUACUUGCUAACAGAUUCUUCCAAUUAGGAAUUGAGAUCUUAGAAUUAUGA